AUGGCAUACAUUGAAGCCGAAAAAUGCCUACAGGCAAAACCAGCACUAGCUGGCACAGAGGGUGCUGAAAAUAGAUGGGACGAACUUCAUUGGUCCCACAUCUCGCAGACCAGCUACAUUCACGGCGUAGUACGUCCUAACUCUAUCCUCUAUUGCUAAUGAACAUCCUGAAUCUUCGAAAGCUAAGGUUCAACAUAUUUAUGUAAAGGGUGGGUUCCUUCCCUGGCACAGAUACUUUGUAAGAGUCCACGAGUAUCUUCUACAGUCAGAGAGUGUGGCUACGAGGGCGGGCAGCCCUCCUGGAACGAAACAGCCGACGCCAGUGAUCUGCUAUCCUCGGUCGUCCUUGACUCAGACACCGGUUUCGGAGGUGACGGAAACUGCAUUUCUGAUGGUCCGUUUGUGGACGUUAGGCUGCGCCUCAACGCCAACGGGGCAACUGACCCCUAUUGCAUCUAUCGCUCGCUGAGUGCCCGCGAUUUUUCAUCUGCAGUUCAAGGGAAUGUAGAUGCUUGCAUGGAAACUACAUCAUACGAGGACGCCCGUAACUGCUUCGAAGGUUCCCCUCAUAACGCAGGUCAUGGUGGUGUUGGUGGUUUGGUACGUCUUCAUUUACAUACCUUUGUUGUUCUGUUAGAGGAGAAAGACUGA